AUGGUUUCAACUGAUAAACCGUCUGGUCUCCCCGGACUCAAGGCAGCUCUGGAAGUUCGAGAUUUCCACAAAUGUGGUGCUUUGUACAACACACUGCUCGAUGACUCCGAACAGCCCCCAAUUGCCGAUAAGCACAUUGCAAACUUGGCAGAAAUAUUUGUCCGCAACGAUGCCGAGAAGGUCUUUGGAAUUCAUUUGAUUCACGGCCAUUUUAAGAUCCCCCAGGGCACCGUCAUACUUGGGACUAAUUUCAAGGAUCCCUCAUUGCGCUGGGCUAGAGUUACCAGUAUCGACAAGGUCGAUCCUCUCCGUGUUCACGGACACAUAUUCGCCCUCACCAAGGACGGACUAUGCGCUUAUGAGCUUCAAGAUGGGCCUCUUCCUGACCUUUCUGGUGUUAGACCCCAGUUUCUUGACAGUUUCAUCAACUAUCUUGUCAAGAACGAUCUCACAAGCGUCAUUGGUCUUCAAGUCCUUGGUUGCAGCAAUUGUUCCAUGUCGGAGCUCAUUCUUGAUCAAGGGACUGUCAUGCUAGAUUCGUCUUGUGUCAAGAACCCUGUGCUAUCCCGCAUCACAGGCUGGAAAUUCGAGGAGGUUGGUGGCAUCCCGCGUGCUUGCAAGCCGAAAGAGCUUCAUUUAAAGAACGUCGAUGGAGCUCAUCAGGUCUAUCGUCGGGGAGAGCCUAUUCCGAAAUUGGAAAAUAUCGAUGACCUGAAGGCUGCCCUCUCUGAGGCUGGUGUUAUUUAUCUGCUGGAAGAUUGGAUAUGGCUAUUUCUCCUUUUCCAGCAUUUCCUAGCCUUUGUCAAUUGUUGA